AUGAUGAUAUUUUGCCUUGUUUCAGGCGAUCCUAUUAGACGAGCUUUUCUAAUUAACAUUAAUAGAGAUAUGGGAGUCUCUAAAAUUCGGAGGCUUUUAAUUAAAGACAAAAAUCGGUUUGCCAAUAUUGAAGAAGAAAACUUAAUUUUAUGGCAUGUAGAUAUCCCAAUAAGAGGUAAAGACCUGGGAACUACAAUAAAAGCCGAGAACAUCAAAGGAGGCAGUGAAAUGUCUCCAUUCGAAAGUGUUGGAAAAUAUUUUAAUGAAUCAGAACAUUAUGAGAGCCUGGAACCAACAAGUGAAAAUAUAAAUAUAAUCGUGCAGCUAUCCCCAACUGUGACAAAAGAGCAAAAUUUGAAAUUCCUUCAAGUUAAUUUCGAAAAGUCACCAGCUAUUCCGUUGAUCACCACAUUUGGCCAUAAUUUUCCAUUUGUUGGAAGGACAACUACUGCGACAUGCCUCACAGAAAGUUUUAUCUCUCGGUUUAAAGGUGCCUGUAAAGGCAAAGAUCGGAAUGAACGUCUGAUAUUUAUUUCAGCUGGCGCGCCCGGAACUGGAAAAACACGCAAUCUUAUCGAGACAAUACCGAUGAUACGUAGCUGUUUUCCAGACUUUGAAAUAUCAAACGAAACACAAAAGCUAGCCCAUUUACUGGAUGAUCCUGUACAGAUCUUGAUGACGUAUAACGAUGAUCUUUAUCCUCAAAACAUUGAAAAAACUUUAGGUGCAAAUUCUGCAAUCGGUUUAAGAAUUCUUCACCAUUAUUUUGCUCUGCUGUCAUCCCUUGAUGAUUUCAUUGACCGAAUGAUUUAUGAAUUUGGAGAGGAUCCUUUAAAGCAAAAAUUAAAUAUCUCAAUAGCUAUCAAUACUAUUGCUACAAUUGGAUCUCCAUUUUGUAAAGGCGAUAAUGAUCAAGAGAAAAGACAGUAUCUUAAAGAAGUGACUUUAGCUCUUGGUAGUGCAAUGGGUUGUAAAUUUAACGUUAGCAACAUUUUUAUAAUUUGCCACCUUGCAGGAACUGUACUUACACUAUUGUUAGAUGCAAUAACUAGUUCUUCAUAUCGGCAUUUAACUUUGCCCACCCCUCUUUUACUACCAGUCGAUAUAAAUUCGCUCUUUGAACAGUUACAAUUAACAAGUAGUUGGUGGCUAAAUUCCCUUCUUUUACGAGCCAUUGCUUAUGAUAUCAUAUUACCACGUGGGAUUGAAGCAUUCUUAGAGUAUAUUUCACUUAGCAUAUCUAAAGGUAUAUCACUAUCAGAUAUUGAUUACGUACAAGCAGCUAGGUGUGCUCGCCAGAAAAUCAACAUGAGUGCAAUUCCAUCAUUACUUGCAAAAGAAAUUUUAGUUGCCAUUAUGUUGCAAUCUCAUGUUAGUCGUAUAGACACCGUAUGUACUAUUGACAAUACUAACUAUACAUGGGAGUACUUGGAAUCUCAAGGUAUUCUAAUACUGCACCCAUUAAGAAAUGAAGAUGAUUAUUACAAGGUUAUUAUGCCUUACAUGUAUGCAGAACAACUAGUUUCUUGUUGUGAACCAGAUAAAAGCCUCAAAAAUUUAUCAUGGCUAUUUUCACAUGAUGUUAGUGUAGAUGGUGUGUUUAGAAGAACUUUACUAUUACCUCUGUCUAAAUUCAAUUGCCAACCAGCAACCAUUAUGCUAAACGAAUUUUAUAGAAGUGCUAGACUUGGAAAGUAUGAAGCUUUUACAUUCGACGUCAAAGAUAAUCAAGGACAAAAUUUAAAUUUGUAUAAUGGUAACAUGAUAAUUAGAAAUACAGAAGGUGCACCUUUUGAUUCGUUUGACAUAUGGCCCAUAUCUAAUCAUAGUCCAUGGAUCAUUCGUUGUGGACAAUAUAAGUAUUUUCUUAAUGGCAAAUUAACUCAAGAUAUCAUUAAUGAGGAAUAUGCAAAAACGAAUCAUGCUCUUCCUGAAACCAAAAAGAAUGUUGAGAUACCUGAUAAUAUCAUACUUACAGACAAGUCAUCUUUUCACUGGUUAUUUGGAAUAUUUGCAACCCGCUUGCAAUUUAUGAUGACAAACAAAAUUAACAUCAACACUAUCAUAAAUGUAAAUCCUUUGAAACAUAUUGUUGGUGUAGGUUUAAAAUAUGCAGAGAAAAUUAUCAAAAAUCGACCUUAUAAAGAUGAAAAUGAUAUGAAAGAGAAGUUGCAAUUAUUGAGAAUACCCAAUGAAACUAUUCUUAACGUUUUGGAAGCU